AUAUAUCCAAACAAGUCCUGUGGUUUCUAUUACCAAACUCACUUUGCAAUUUGCAUGACUCCUCCCUCCCUAAGCUAUCUCCAUUCUCUACCUUAAUUUGCUCUCUCACGCUUUCCCUUUCUUCUUUUUUUCUUUUUCAUGUCAAGUACCACUUAUUAGACACUCAGAUACAUACACCCACAUAUACAAAAGCACGCCUUUGGAGAUUUUAAUAACCCAAGUGUGCUGUGCUUAGUUCGGUUCUGAUUGUAUGAAUGGAUCCUUCUAAUGGACAACCCCAGCAAAUGUCUAGCCAGUCAGUGGAGAAGAAGCCAAAGCCUCAUCCAGAACAAGCUCUGAAGUGUCCAAGAUGUGACUCCACCAGCACAAAAUUUUGCUACUACAACAAUUAUAGUCUUUCUCAGCCAAGAUAUUUCUGCAAGUCUUGUAAGAGAUAUUGGACCAAAGGAGGAACACUGAGGAAUGUUCCAGUGGGAGGAGGAUGCAGAAAGAAAAGAUCAUCAUCAAAGAGGGCUCAGGAUCAAACAUUCACACCCAAUCUUAACCCACUCACUGCACUCCCUCAUUUGUCUUAUGACUCCAAUGACUUAACUCUAGCAUUAGCUAGGUUUCAAAAACAAUCAAGUGGGCAAUUGGGUUACAAUGACCAUGAUCUUUCAAUUAUGGGGAACCCCACCACAGGCUCCUUUUGUGACAUUCUUGGCAAUUCAGGCAUGAAUCCCUCCUCAGAAAACCCUUCAUUUUUGGACGAAUUUCAAACUGGGUUCCUUCAGACACAAAACCAUCUUCAGAAUUUGUAUUGUGUGUAUGGAAAUGGGGACUUGGGGGAGGUGGAUAAUGGCAAUUCUGGUGGGGUUGGGGUUAGUGGAGAGAUGAUGCUCCCUUAUGAUCAAGUGGUGAUGAGCAAUGCAACAGCUCAAUCGGUGAGUGUAAUGAAGCAAGAAAUGUGUAGUGGCAGAGAACAAAGUGAAAGGAGGGUGUUGGGGGGUUUCCCAUGGCAGAUUAAUGCAGACACUAACAUUAUUGGUGAACUUGAUUCAGGAAAAGCAAUUGCAAGUUGGAACAGUUUCACAAAUUCUUGGCAUGGGCUUCUUCAAAGUCCUCUAAUGUAGACCCCCCACCACAAGAAAAAUCAGAAGGCACUUAUUUCCUCUGUAAUUUAUGUUUGACAAAAAUGUCAGUCUUAAUUUUAAUUAAAGUACUGUCAAUCAUCUUGAGUAGUUUUGGGUUAAUAGGGAUUUGAUUCACUUGGAUCCACUUUCUUUUCUUGUAUUGUUUUCGCCAAACUAGUACUGUCAUACUGUCAAUUUUUUUGUACUAUUAUUAUCUUCUUAAUUAAUGAUGAAUGAAUAGACUAAUGAAAUUUCA